AUGCGUUCAUUCAUUCUCAUCGCUGCUGCGGCCUCCCUCGCCCAAGCAGUACGCAUCGUUCAGUCCAACGACGAUGGCUGGUCAGAUGCCAACAUCCGGACUUUCUUCAACGCCUUGGACGCGGCGGGUCAUCAAGUGGUCCUCUCGGGACCUGCUGAGAACCAGUCUGGCAAAGGCUCAUCUGAUGCACCACCUACUGUUGUCGAUGCAGAUGGUUGUGUUCACUCAUCGUGUGCACCCGGAAGCCCUGCAAUAGGUGCUGAUCCAAAGGACCCGCGUCUGAACUAUGUCAACUCCUUCCCAGUCACUUCCAUCAAACAAGGCAUCGAAGUCACUGCGCCUGCGCUAUGGAAUGGCUCAAAGCCUGAACUCGCUGUCACUGGACCGAACGUGGGAACCAACAUCGCCGUCCAGACACCCUUCUCCGGAACCAUUGGCGCUGCUACUUUUGCAGCAAAGACAGCGAAGAUACCAGCUAUCGCCUUUUCUGGUCGUAGUGGAGACCCAACUGGAUUCGAUCAGCCCACACCUUUCCACAGCAAGAUCUACGCUGAUCUCGCCCUCAACGUCACCUCAACCAUCAUCAGCAGUGGAGCGCCCUACCUCCCCGAAAACACCUGGCUCAACGUCAACUUCCCCGCUACGUCUGAGACAGAAUGCAGCGAUCCCAGCAAGUUCAAGUACAUCUUCACUCGCAUCAACAUUGGUCUGCUCAGUGCCAAGGACGCAGAAUGGUGUGGUAGCACGCGUCUGCCAUGGGAGGCGGAUGUCAUUCUGCUCAAGGGCGGUAACUGCUAUGUUACCAUUAGCCCCGGAGAUGCGAACGACAAGACAACUGUGAACGAUGCGGCUGUUCAGAUGCAGAUCAUCAACAAGCUCAAGCCGAUUUUGUCGUGCUUGCCGUAG